AUGCCGCAGAAGGUUUAUGUCACGUACAACCAGGUUCACAAACUAUGCCAGGCCUCCGCUGACAAGAUCCUGGACACCUUCCAGCCCAAUCUUAUGAUUGCUAUCGGCGGUGGUGGCUACAUCCCUGCCCGCAUUCUCCGUUCUUUCUUGAAGCGCACUGGCGAGCCUAACAUCCCCAUUCAGGCCAUCGGUCUGUCGCUUUACGAGGACCUGGGUCGUGGUGAUGCUGAGGAAGUUCCCGGAACCAAGGUCACCCGUACACAAUGGCUGGACCUGAGCUCCUUGGAAAUGGCCAACCUCAUUGGCAAGAACAUCCUCAUUGUUGACGAAGUUGACGAUACCCGUACCACCCUCGAAUAUGCCGUCAGCGAGCUCCAGAAGGACGUUGAGAUUGCGCAAAAGCAGCUCGGCCGUGAAGGCGAGAAGACAAACUUCUUCGUCUACGUUGUUCACAACAAGGACAAGCCGAAGAAGGGUGUCUUGCCCGAGGAUAUGAUGACUUCUGGCCGUUACCACGCCUCCGUCACCACCGCUGAUGUCUGGAUCUGCUAUCCUUGGGAAGCUAAGGACAUUGACGAGCACGACAGACUGGCCCAGGAGAACCCUCUCGUCUGA